AUGGCCCUCAGACCGUAUUGCUCACAAGACCAUCAAUUUCUUGCUCAGAACGGUGAAGUUGAUGGGAGAGCUCUGAUCAUCGUCGAUGGAAUGGAUGAAAGACAUGCAAGGUUCUGGUCUAAAAAGUGUUUGGAAGAGAAGCAACUCGAUCAGGGUAUGCUCUGUGGUAUUCCUCUGUUUCCUGAGCAAGUUCUCCUCAACCUCCCGUGGGUGCAAGACCAUGUGUUUGAUCGAAACCUUAGAGAUGGGGAAGCGGUGAGAGAAUGGCUUUUCAGAUCAGUUGUUUCUCCUCCUCAACAAAAUCUAGGUCAAUAUCACAGCAUCUGGCAGUGGCCAUGGAGGUGGAACUGUUCUUGCUCUAAGUGA